AUUAAGCUAGCUAAGCUAAGCACCUUUCUCUCUCUGCCUUGUCCACACUUCAUCCACGCAUACCGCCAGCCUGCGCAUAAAUACAGCGACUAUGAGCACCAGCGAGGCCGGCGCCGCCGGCAAAGCGCCGACCACCGCUGCGACGACGGCGCCGCGCAAGACCGGCGUCCCGUUCUUCCGGCGGGCCGACCGCGGCAGCCGGUGCGUGGCGCUCAUCGACUUCGUGCUGAGGAUCGCGGCCUUCGGGCCCACCCUCGCCGCCGCCAUCGCCACGGCCACGUCCGACGAGACGCUCUCGGUGUUCACCCAGUUCUUCCAGUUCCGCGCCCGCUUCGACGACUUCCCGGCCUUCCUGUUCUUCAUGGUGGCGAACGCGAUCGCCGCGGGGUACCUGGUGCUGUCCCUCCCCUUCUCCGCCGUCGUCGUCCUGCGUCCACAGGCCACCGGCUUGCGCCUUCUCCUGCUCGUCUGCGAUACGAUAAUGGUCGGGCUGCUGACUGCGGCGGCGGCCGCGGCCGCGGCCAUCGUGGACAUGGCGCACUCGGGGAACCUGCGGGCCAAUUGGGUGCCCAUCUGCAUGCAGUUCCACGGCUUCUGCCAGCGCACCAGCGGCGCCGUCGUCGCCUCCUUCCUCGCCGUCCUCGUCUUCAUAUUCCUCGUCAUCUUGGCCGCCUUUGCCAUCAGGAAACGCUGAAUGCUACCUUGAUCACCCUACCCAUUCUGUGACUAUAUACGUAUGUGUUUUGCAAGUAUUUUCUCUUGUUUUAUGAGAUACCAGUAUAAUGCUGGGCUAACGCUAUGGUGAUAUUUGUUAAUGCAAAUAAAACCAUAAUGCGAUAUAUGUUUUGAAACGAUACCGAGAGUUUUUAACUUAUUAUAUUGUUGAAUACAUAGCCACAUGUGUAAAAUAGCAUCACAACUUUUGUAUCUUUGGAAACCAUCUAAAUCAUGCGCUUAAGAAAUUCCUAUAUAAUGUCAAAAAUAUUAUCUUUAAAUUCAUUCUCAUUGUACUUUAAUAUGUCUAUCAAGAACUUAGUCCUUAACAUAUUCCCAUCUUGUACAUGCAUUAUUACGAAUCAUUGUUAGAAAACAUUAAUUAUAUAAUGAUAUGGACCAAAAACUAAAUAAAUGAGAGUACUCA